UGUCUAAAGAAAAAGAGUAAUAUUAUUCCAUGACAAAUGUCAUUGCUAACUUAACCUCAAAAUUACGAUUUGAAUAUUGGAAAUACAAUAAUAAUUCUAGCAAUAUGAUAAUUUCAAGAUCGACCAAAGCAUUGCUAUCAAUAUGUAAGAUAGCAAAUAGCGCGAAAUUCACCACCUCACCUGGUGUGACUAAAGAAAAAUGGGAUUUGCUGGCAGCAGUAUGUGUAGAAAGAAAACCUGUGAUUAUUCCCGAACUUAACAAAUUAGAAAAAGAAUUCAAGGAAUAUCUAGCAGAUUUGGAAUUGAGAAAUAGCUUGAAAAAUGAUAUGGAGAUACGGAAUGAAGCAGAAAUGAAGCAACAAGAAUUGAUGAAAGCAGGUGAAGAUUUAGAUAGUGAUAUAAUCCUGAAACAAACUGUGCAAGAUUUUAUUGAUGCAUCUUCGGAGGAGGCAUCUAAAUUUAAAUUAGCCAGUAGAAUAACAGAUGAUGACACUACAAACAAUACCAAAUCCCUGAAUAGGAAAUUAGACAAGAACUUGGUAUUAUUAAUAAACAACAAAUUUGGUAAAGAUAGUUUUUUUACUUUACCCCAAGCAAAAUGGCAAGCCGGAGAAACAAUGAGACAGACAGCAGAAAGAGUUUUAAAAGAAACAUGUGGGGAUAGUAUGAAAACACAGAUUCAAAGCAAUGCGCCUGCUGGUUUCUACAAAUAUAAAUAUCCCAAAGAAAUAAGAGAAAAGGGAAGUCAAGGGGCUAAGGUCUUUAUAUACUUUGCUCGUUAUCAACAAGGAGACAUUACAAAUAAAAACCUACAGUAUCAGUGGUUGGACAGAAAUGAAUUAUGCAAAACAAUGCCUGAAAAAUACUGUAAAAGUUUACAAGAAAUGUUGAUAGAUGAAUAGUUUUAAAAUAUGAUUUUCUCUAGCUAUGCUGAAUAAAAGAAAUUUUUAUA